AUGUUUUAUCACGUCAGCAUGGAACAGUGUACAUUACGAUGCGAUCACAGCUUUUUUCUGCACUUAUCGAGAUCUAAAAGUAUUAGCAUGGCGUCUCGUCCGACAACAGCCACUCGACGUAGCAGUGCGUCGAUACAUCCGUUUCCAAAUCCAUCGUCGGUUUGUAUUGUUCUCGGUGCACAAUGGGGCGAUGAAGGAAAGGGCAAAUUAGUCGAUCUAUUGGCAUCGGAAGCUGAUAUUGUCUGUCGUUGUCAAGGUGGAAAUAAUGCAGGACAUAGUGUCGUUGUUGAAGGCGUUGAAUACGAUUUUCAUAUGCUUCCAUCUGGUUUUCAUCUUCAAAAUUGUGUGAAUAUCAUUGGUAAUGGUUGUGUCGUCAAUCUUCCUGAAUUAGUAGAAGAAAUACAAAAGAAUGAAUCACGAGGUGUUACCAAUUGGAAGGAACGAUUGUUAAUUUCCGAUCGAGCACAUUUGGUAUUCGAUUUUCAUAAGUUAAGUGAUGGAUUAAUCGAACGAGGACGUGGAACGAGCAGUCUCGGUACAACCAAAAAAGGAAUUGGACCAACAUAUUCGUCCAAAGCAACACGCAAUGGAAUUCGUGUCGUUGACUUAAUAGGCGACUUUUCUAUCUUUACUGACAAGUUACGCAGUCUUUAUAAUUACUAUAAAUUAACCUUUCCCGAUUUGGAUAUUGAUAUUGAAAAAACUAUCGAACAAUUCAAAGGACUAGCUGAAUACUUCCGUCCAAUGAUCAUUGAUACGAUUGCUUAUUUGAAUCAAUCGAUUCUUGAUGGCUCGAAAAAGAUUCUUGUCGAAGGUGCCAAUGCUACCAUGCUCGAUAUCGAUUUUGGUACAUAUCCAUACGUUACUUCAUCGAAUUGCAGUGUUGGUGGUGUGUGCACUGGUCUUGGUCUUGCCCCCAAAUAUAUCGGUGAUAUCUAUGGGGUUGUGAAAGCUUAUACGACGCGUGUCGGUGACGGUGUCUUUCCUACUGAAUUGAAGAAUGAAAUUGGCGAACAUUUACAAACACGCGGCCGCGAAUGGGGUGUAACCACUGGUCGAAAACGCCGUUGUGGUUGGCUCGAUCUUGUUUUGUUGCGAUAUACAACCAUGAUCAAUGGUUUUACGGCAUUGUGUUUAACAAAACUUGACACACUUGAUGAAUUAGCGGAAAUCAAAAUUGCGACAACUUACAAGCGCAAUGGCGUGGAGUUGCCAAGUUUUCCAGCUUCCGUUGAUACAAUGCAUGAUAUCGAAGUUGAGUACGUGACAUUUCCUGGUUGGCGAGGACGUUCGACAUCGGAAUGUCGUACAUUUAACUCUCUUCCACACAAUGCUCGUCUAUACGUUCAAUUUAUCGAACAAUUUCUCGGUGUUCCUGUGAAAUGGAUCGGUGUAGGCAAAGAUCGUAUGGCCAUGAUUCGUUGUUUUUAA